AUGGCAAGUGAACCCAGCACCACCCCAGGGGACACAGGACCACCUCAGCUGCACCCAGCACCAUCCCCAGGGGACACAGGAUCACCUCAGGUGGAGCCAGCACCACCACCUGGGGACACAGGACCACCUCAGGUGGAGCCAGCACCACCCCCAGGGGACGCAGCACCACCUGACGUGGAGCCAGCCCCACCCCCAGGGGACACAGCACCACCUCAGGUGGAGCCAUCACCACCCACAGGGGACACAGGACCACCUCAGGUGGACCCAGCACCACCCCCAGGGGACACAGGAUCACCUAAGGUGGAGCCAGCACCACCCCCAGGGGACACAGGACCACCUCAGGCGGAGCCAGCCCCACCCCCAGGGGACACAGGAUCACCUCAGGUGGACCCAGCACCACCCCCAGGGGACACAGGAUCACCUCAGGUGGAGCCAGCCCCACCCCCAGGGGACACAGGACCACCUCAGGUGGAGCCAUCACCACCCCCAGGGGACACAGGACCACCUCAGGUGGAGCCAUCACCACCCCCAGGGGACACAGGACCACCUCAGGUGGACCCAGCACCACCCCCAGGGGACACAGGAUCACCUCAGGUGGAGCCAUCACCACCCCCAGGGAACACACGACCACCUCAGGUGGAGCCAGCACCAUCCCCAGGGGACACAGGACCACCUCAGGUGGACCCAGCACCACCCCCAGGGGACACAGGAUCACCUCAGGUGGACCCAGCACCAUCCCCAGGGGACACAGGACCACCUCAGGUGGACCCAGCACCACCCCCAGGGGACACAGGAUCACCUCAGGUGGAGCCAUCACCACCCCCAGGGGACACAGGACCACCUCAGGUGGAGCCAUCACCACCCCCAGGGGACACAGGACCACCUCAGGUGGAGCCAUCACCACCCCCAGGGGACACAGGACCACCUCAGGUGGACCCAGCACCACCCCCAGGGGACACAGGAUCACCUCAGGUGGAGCCAGCACCACCCCCAGGGGACACAGGACCACCUCAGGUAGACUCAGCACCAUCCCCAGGGGACACAGGACCACCUCAGGUGGACCCAGCACCACCCCCAGGGGACACAGGACCACCUCAGGUAGACUCAGCACCACCCCCAGGGGACACAGGACCACCUCAGGUAGACUCAGCACCAUCCCCAGGGGACACAGGACCACCUCAGGUGGAGCCAGCACCACCCCCAGGGGACACAGGACCACCUCAGGUGGAUCCAGCACCAUCCCCAUGGGAUACAGCACCACCUCAGGUGGAGCCAGCACCACCCCCAGGGGACACAGGACCACCUCAGGUGGAGCCAGCACCACCCCCAGGGGACACAGGACCACCUCAGGUGGAUCCAGCACCAUCCCCAGGGGACACAGCACCACCUCAGGUGGAGCCAGCACCACCCCCAGGGGACACAGGACCACCUCAGGUGGAGCCAGCACCACCCCCAGGGGACACAGGACCACCUCAGGUGGAUCCAGCACCAUCCCCAUGGGAUACAGCACCACCUCAGGUGGAGCGAGCACCACCCCCAGGGGACACAGGACCAUCACAAGGGACUGUAGGUCUCCCCAAAUGGACCUAA